AUGCAAGCAAAGUCGCAUACAACUGGCGACAUAAUGCAUCGAUGCCAUGGGGAGACGCAAGCACUCUCUGAGCUUCUUUCAUCUCCGAGUGAUGAAUACUCUCCACUUUCAGGGCAUGACCUUGUAAAGGCUAAGGUGACGGAACUCGUUAUCAUGGGUGGAGCAUACCCAUGUGGAUAUGAAUACAAUUUCUACGGCAACAAUGCUUCCGCAACCGCCCAUGUGGUAAGCACUUGGCCGGGGCCCAUGACAUUCUCUGGAAGUGAACUUGGGGCGACCGUCUACUCGGGGGCGCGGUUGACGGUAGAGGGACCUGAUGGUGAUCCAGUCAAUGCAGCUUACCGGUGGUACACCGGAUACAACAUGUCUCGGAGUUCGUGGGAUCCUCUUACUGUACUCUAUGCCAUCGACGGAUUGGGAAGUAUGUUUGAAUACGCAAACAAUGGAGGGCAGAACUAUAUUUACCCCAAUGGUAGAAAUGAAUGGCUGCCAGACAACCCUCUGUAUCCGCAGAAAUACUUGAAGCUGCGAAUGUCCGAAACACAAGCUGGUGAAAUUUUGGAUGUUUUGUAUCUCGACACAGCGAGAAGAGCUGCAAGGAGAGGAUCCAACAAAGCUGCCCCGUUUCAUAGCCUUAGGAUUCCUGUUUCAAUGGCUAGCUGGCCUCUUGUUGACCAAGUCCCUAUCCUUUCUUUCCGAAAAAUGCAGCUUCUCCAAUCUUCCGUCAUUGCCGCUACUGUCGGCGCUGCGCUGGUCGCCGCAGUCCCUGUGCCCGAGCUUGAAGCCCGCGACUCCUGUACUUUCACCUCCGCUGCCGACGCCAAGUCGGGAAAGACCUCUUGCUCGACCAUCACUCUGAGCAACAUUGAGGUCCCCGCUGGUGAAACCCUUGAUCUGACGGGCCUCAAAGAGGGCACUACUGUCAUUUUCUCGGGUGAAACUACCUUUGGCUACAAGGAGUGGGAGGGCCCUCUCAUUUCCGUCUCUGGCACCAACAUCAAGGUCCAACAGGCCUCUGGUGCCAAGAUUGACGGAGACGGAUCCCGCUGGUGGGAUGGAAAGGGUGGAAAUGGUGGAAAGACCAAGCCCAAGUUCUUCUCUGCCCACAAGCUGGACUCUUCUUCCAUCACCGGCCUCAAGAUCUACAACACCCCCGUCCAGGGCUUCAGCAUCCAGUCGGACAACCUGAACAUCACUGAUGUAACCAUCGAUAACUCCGCUGGUACCGAAGAAGGCCACAACACCGACGCCUUCGACAUCGGCUCUAGCACCUAUAUUAACAUUGACGGUGCCACCGUGUACAACCAGGAUGACUGUCUUGCCAUUAACUCUGGCUCGCACAUCACCUUCACCAACGGCUACUGUGAUGGUGGCCAUGGUCUCUCCAUCGGCUCCGUUGGUGGUCGUAGCGACAAUACUGUCGAAGACGUGACCAUCUCCAACUCUAAGGUUGUCAACUCCCAGAACGGUGUUCGUAUCAAGACCGUCUACGAUGCCACCGGUACUGUCUCCAACGUCAAGUUCGAGGAUAUCACCCUUUCCGGUAUCACCAAGUACGGACUCGUUGUUGAGCAGGAUUACGAGAAUGGCAGCCCCACUGGUACCCCAACCAACGGUAUCAAGGUCUCGGACAUCACCUUCGAGAAGGUUACCGGCACCGUGGAGAGCGACGCUACUAAUAUCUACAUUCUCUGUGGAUCUGGCAGCUGCACUGACUGGACUUGGUCGGGUGUCUCCAUCACAGGUGGUAAGGCUAGCUCCAAGUGCAAGAACGUUCCUACUGGUGCUUCUUGUUAA